AUGGUUGAUCUCUUUGUUACACAGGAGCUGUGAGUUGGUAAUUCCAAACGGUGUCUAGAAGACGUACUCAAUCUUUUGUCAUUCUGUUUUCCUGUGGUUUCUGUCACUUUCAGAUAAAUGGAAGAUUUGGAGGCUAACUUAAUGCAGACACGCAAAGCAUGUAGGAUAGAGCAGAUGGUAGCAAAAUGGCUUCAUCGCUCUCGGGAUGGUGCAUCCAGUGGCAGAGUGUCUGUGACAGAUGUCACCAACGAUGGUGGUGGCCAGACUGCCAGCCGUGUCAAACUCACUGUCACAGUGUACAAAGACUUGGUCCUCCAUCACUACGGCUUUGAGAUUUGUCCAGACCUUCCUCUUACAAUCGCAUCUGUCACUGCAGGGAGCACUGCAGAUGGGAAGCUGCUGCCAGGCGACCAGCUGAUCCGGAUAAACUCUACCACGGUGGAGGACAUGUCCAUUGAACGGGUGUCUGACAUCAUCAGGGAUGCCGGUGAUGAGCUCCUCCUCACUGUCCUGCGCUGCACAUCGGGUGGACCUAAGUCAUCGUUUCUCACGGAGGAGAAGAGGGCAAGGCUGAAAACAAACCCUGUGAAAGUGCGUUUUGCAGAGGAAGUCUUGGUGAACGGACACGCACAGGGGAAUUCUCUUCUUUGCAUGCCAAAUGUUCUCAAGGUAUACUUGGAAAAUGGGCAGACAAAAGCUUUCAGGUUUGAGACCAGCACUACUGUGAAGGACAUUGUUCUCACCUUGAAGGAGAAGCUCUCCAUCCGGAGCAUCGCGCACUUUGCCCUUACCCUGGAGGAGCAGUACAACGCAGCAAAGAUCCAUCUGCUGCAUGAGGAGGAGCUCAUUGAGCAGGUUGUCCAGAAAAGAGAAUCCCAUGACUGCCGAUGCCUCUUCAGAAUUUGCUUUGUCCCAAAGGACCCCUUAGACCUGCUGCAGGAAGACCCGGUUGCCUUUGAAUAUCUCUACCUGCAGAGCUGCAGUGAUGUGCUGCAGGAGAGGUUUGCUGUGGAAAUGAAAUGCAGUAUGGCAUUACGUCUGGCUGCUCUGCAGAUACAGGAACGGAUCUAUGCUUGUGCCCAGCCACAGAAAAUCUCUCUGAAAUACAUUGAGAGGGAUUGGGGAAUUGAAAACUUCAUCUCACCGACUUUGCUUCGAAACAUGAGAGGAAAGGAUAUAAAGAAAGCCAUCAGCUACCACAUGAAGCGGAACCAGGUCCUACUGGACCCUCGGCAGAAGCAUAUGCUUGCACCCGUCCAAGUGCGCCUGAACUACUUGCAAAUACUGGGAGACCUGAAGAUGUACAAUGGGAAGAUCUUCAAUGCCACCCUGAUGCUACAGGACAGGGAAUCGUACGUUGCCUUGCUGGUGGGUGCCAACCACGGGGUGAGCCAGAUAGUCAACAGUAAACUCAGCAUCAUAACCAGUCUGGCAGAGUUCACAAACAUCAGCAGGCUGGAGCUUACAGAAGAGUCAGAGAAAGUGAGCACGGUGAAAAUCUACCUGCAGGACCUGAAGCUGCUGACUCUGCUGCUGGAAUCAAACAGUGCGAAAGAUCUUGUCUGCCUCAUCGUUGGCUAUUACAGACUGCUUGUGGAUGCCAAUGUCUCCAUAUUUACCUGGGGAGAGAAAAGAGAGCAACUACACCGUGUCUCAGCCGAAGAAGGGUACGAAUCUCGAACCUGCAGUGAUUCUGAAGACUCCUGGGAGAUGGAUUCCUCCUCAGAGCGCUGCGUGGGCAAACCUGCAGCAUGCAGCAGCACCCAUCCUGCCAGCGAGGAGAAGCUUGGAGAGCCUCAGAGCCUGGAAAAGGGCAGCACAGAGCCCCAGGCUGGAGAGAAUCACCAACGCAAUGGGGGUGACAAUGCCACAGACAGCAUAUCUGAGGCUUCUGAUUCAGCCAACACUGAGAGCCGGGGCUUUAAGACGAGUGGCUCAAGUGACUCAAUGGAUGCACUGGAAGAAGAUGAGUUGGAAACUUGCUCUUCCUCCAGGCCAGGGUUUCUCCACUUCUGCACACCCACCGUGCAUGAGAUGAACAGCUUGGACAAGAACCUCUUCCCCAUUUGUGCUGCAGGAGGCUCUGGCAGAGCAGAAGCCAAAGACUUCUGUGUCUUGCAGGAACCAGAAGCAGAGAAGCAAGGGUGUAAGCGCAGCCCCUCUGAGCAGAAAGGAGUGGACACUGAUGUGUCAGUGUUGGGGACCAAGCUGUCUGAGAGAAACUCCACGGACUAUUACAGCCUGUGCUGCAGCAUUUCCCCUGCAGGCAGCGUGGAGAGGAGCAGCAUCAGUCACAGCCAUGACAGAAGUCCUUCGAAAGACGAGUCUGCCCAGAAAGAGGUACCCUGUGGAGCAGAGCAGAUGGCAGAAGCAAGUGAUCUCAUUCUGGAGCCACCCCUGGGCUUUGGUGACACCAGCUCUGAGGAGGAGUUCUAUGAUGCUGCCGACAAACUCAGCCCCCCCUACUCCUCGGCAGCAGGCUGCCAGACAGCAUCCCAGGAGAGUACAGAAGAUAACUGCAUCCUAAAGAAACCAAGAUGUUACAGCUUGGGAGAAAACUCGGUAUCAAGGCAGGCAUCAGGAGAGAAGUAUGGAGAGGAGAAUCAGCUGAUAUAUUCCAAGAGCCUGAGGAAGAGGAGAUCUUUUCUGAAAACCAAUUACACCUCACAGGUCACUUUCCCAUUGGCUGUUCCAGCCUCUCUGCAGAGCUGCUGCUCCUGGCCACCCACCCCACCGCUCCCUGCUCAGCCCUCAGAUCCACCUUCUUUGGAGAAGGAUGCAGAAGUGGGAACAUCUGCCCCCCAGGCCCAGGGAGACACUGCUGGCAAAAACUCGUCCUCCAGUGUGAUGGAAAUGGAGCCUGACACCAUGGAAACAAAGUCAGUGACUGAUUUGGUGGUUUCUUCCAUUUCAGCUGUUUGCUUGCAAGGUGACCAGAGGGAGGAGAGUGCAGAUGUUGCUGCAGACGUGGAUAAACUCUGUUCUGCACAUGCUGCAAACCCCACUUCCUUGUUCCGAGAGGAAGCCGUGCACCUUCCCCAGGAACAAAGCAGUGCUAUCCAGGAGAGCCCCACAGUGAAGUGGCCAAGUGACGAGAGCUGUGCGACCACCAAAGACCAGCUGGCUCAGGCAGCACUGGAAGGGGAGCGUGAUGUGAUGGAGCCCAAGCACGACGCUGGCAAUGUCCCCCUGUUCCAGGGCCAAGAGAUGGCCUGCCCUGCUGAUGAAUGCACUCUGCCACCUUCGUCUUGUAGUGCUUUUCCCCACGGGGUGGCCAAGGAGCAGGAUCUGCUUCCCACAGCUUGGAGGCAAGUGGCAUGUGAGGAGCCUGUCCUGGUUCCAUGUGGUGAAGAAGGAAAAGCUAAUCUCAAUGGCUGUGCUGAGAGCAGGAGUGACAGUGCCUUGUCACAGGCAAAAAGCAGACAAGCAAUAAGCAAGGAGGCCUUAGAGAAAGUGCACAAUAAAAAUCAUGUGAGUUUUCCAGAUGCAAGGCAGCUGUUAGCAAAUGGCAGCAACAGUUCGGGGGUUAUAGCUCACCUCUCCUGGCUCUCAUUUCAGGUGAGGUCAGACGUAAUAUCGCCCAACCCAUCUCAGAAGAGAGGGCACGACCCUCUAGAGGACUCUCAGAGGACCACUGUGUGCGUGGAGGAUGACACUGUCAGAAAGGAGAUGCAGACAUCAUCAGCUACAUUACCUCUUGAGAAAGAAUCGGAAAGCAAGCAUGGGAUGGUUGAAGGGGAGCCCAGAAAAGGCACAGAAGAUGUGGCUCAUGAGCAUUCUUGGCCUGUUCAGGCUCCUUUUCUUAGAGAACAGUCUGCCACAGUGGGGAAAGACACUCUCCAAACCAGAGAGCUUUCCAUCUCCUCAGACCCAAUUCCCUUGGGCUCACUGGGGAAAACAGAAGGAGACUAUGGGGAUUCAAAUCACUCCUUCCUCUGCUUUAAUCACCAAAAAGAUGAGCAGGCUGCUGCCAGGCCCAUCCUGACCAGGUCUACGGGAUUUUCUGUGAUGAAGAAGACCUCGGCACAACUUGGGACGGACAAGUGCAGCUGUCAGCUGUCCUAUGUCAGCUGUUUCCAUAGGCCCAAUGAAGACAGAAAGCAGGAAACCACCAUUCCCAUGUGCAGCAUGUUUCUGCAGCCUGUUACUACUCCACCAUCCACCAGCUCUGGUCUUCCUGGGACCCCUGUGGAUACUUACCCCAUUGCCAUUGCUUGGGACAGAGCGCUGGGCCCUGAAGUCCAAGCCCUCAGCCAACUGAAGGACCAAGCAUGGAUGAGCCCUGCAGAUUUCCCGGGCUUCCUAGCCUACACUACAGAGCUCCAGGAAGUUGUGGGGAACCUCUCUGGGAACAAAGCAACCCACCUGCAAGACCGAUGUGCAGAGCAAGGUGCCGAGAGCAAAGAUGCCCUUGGCUCGGCCUCUCAAGUCCUGCUGUCCAGCUGCAAGGAGCUUCUGAAAACAGAGCGUCCGCUCGAAGAGCUGCAGGAGGUGUUGAGGGUGACGUUUGACCACCUUGUUCAGCUGGCAGUGGCCUGCUUCCAGGUGACGCAUUGCCAGCUAUGCAGGCAGAGGCAGCAGGAGCUCAGGGCUGCGCUCGUGGAUGUGGUGGGCAGCUACCACCAGCUAGUGCAGGCUGUUCACCAGCAGCUUUGCAGUCAAGGCUGCCCAGACCUGGGUGCUGCGCUCCUGACACGCCAGCACACAGCCCUUACUGCUGCCAUGUUUUGCCUCCUGCAGCAGUUCAGGGUCCCCCCGUUGUGACGGGGCGGUUGGCGAGUGCGGAGGAGCCUCCCCACGCUUCAUUCGUGUAUCACUAGGCUCCCCCCACACGGGACGUUUAACCCCCACAGCCCAGCAAAUGGUCAUGAAAGGACACCUCCACCACCAACAGCUGCCUAGUUCAGGGGUGGCCGUGGGACAGAGCAUGUGUCCCCCCAGCCUAGCUUCAUCUAGUGAUGUGUACACAAGCUCUGCAUAAUGUGCAAACUCACAGAGCGCUUCAUAGCUUAUCUAUGUAGCCUGGGAUUUGUCCUUCAGCUCCCCAGCACCUUGCAGAUAGCCAGUCGGAUAAGUGUUGUCCUAGCCUCCUCUGUCACCUGUGGAGCACACAUCCCAGGCAGAGAGGUGACCAAGCGAGCUCUGAAGGAGAGUGAGAUCAGAGUCCAGUCUGGCCCACCAAAGAGAGCUGUGCUAUUCUGUCUAUCCUCUGUGGUUGACCUGUGAUGGAAACCACUUUGGGAAAAAGAAUUAAUCUGCUUCCCCUUGCAAAUAUAGAGAAGGUUGUCCCAGGCUGGGGAUGCAGCACCAUAUCCUGUCCUCCUGCUGUAGUUUCUGUGUGUCAGCCUUAUCUAUUAACAGUUGCUAAUGCUGAAGAAAGUCCCUAAUCAGCACCCUCUCCCAGUGCUAGCCUUGCCACAAAUAGCUACCUAGCCAUCCCUGUCUUCCAAAAAAGGGGAUAAGUCUUGAAGACAGAAGUGCCAACUUUGCAGCUGUUGACAUAACCCAUUAUGCCAGCCUCCCUUGAAGGAAUGCCACUUUUCCUGACCUUCUCAUCAGUAGCUGCACAAAGUGCUAGGUAUCCCUAGCUAGAUAUGAGCUAUUAGCCCUUAAAGCUAUCCUAACUGAGCACCUCUAGUGAAUGUGUGCUUCCCAGUGCUGGAGACACAUCCUCAGUAAUCUGGUGGUAAAGAGGGUUGCAGUAGGUCCCUGACUGCUGGUGUCUGACCCAGGGACUUGUUUGGGAAGGGUGAUGCUUGCAGCAGGUCAGUCCCUGCAGCUGUGUGCUUGGGAUGGAGGGAUCUGCCCAAGCAGCAGGCAGCUUCCCAGCCUCCUUGUUCCAGGCUCUGGUAAAGAAUGCUCCCCACAUGCAGCAGUGAAAGAUGGAGGCAGCUGAGGAGGGGUGGGGGGCUGUGGUGGUGUGCUGGAUGGAUGCUCCAGCAGCACUAAGGGACCCCAAACCAGGGAGAUCGUAGAAUCACGAACAGCUUGAGUUGGAGGGGAUCUUAAAGCCACUCAGUUGUAAUCCCCUGCUGUGGGCUGAGGCUGUGCAGCAUCCUGUCCAGCCUGACCCCACCACCUGGGAUGGGGCAUCACAGCUGCUCUGCCUAACCAUGGGCAGCCUGCUGUCCUGGCUGCAAAGGCCAAAGUGCUUUCAGCCACAUGGCAAGGUAGGUGAGUAGUUCACCCAAGUAGGAUUUCCUGACACUUCAUCACUGGCUGGUGGUUUCAGCUAGUAUAUGGUGUUGCCCUGCAAAUUCAGGGGCUGAAUCAGGAAGUUACAAUCUUACACUGAAGCAAAAAUGCUGCCCUUGCUGUCUCGGCAGAGCUGCAGUGACAUCUAACUACCUACUAAUAGCUGAAGCAACAGGCACCUGCAAACACAACUGCAGCCUCUAUGGGGAUGAACCACCUUCUGAAAGUAUGUCUCAUGAAUACCAAAUUCCUCGUGGUGUCGAAGGCCCUUGGUGUGAAGGGGAGAUGAAGAUGGAAGCAAAAGUGACUGGAAUUUACCUGCAAAGCCCUCUAAGUCCUUCUUGGACAGUCACUGAUAGUGGGUUUGGCUUUUCUGUGUACUUGCAGAGUUUUUUAACUGACAGUGGCUG